CGCUGGCGGUUGGGCGGCGCGUGCGGCAGUUUCUCGCUUUUGGGCGGCGUCGAGCGAGCGGGGACAUUGCUCUCACGAAGUUGCAAAAUCGCGGCAAUAAUCCAGCAGCAUGAAGUGGCCUGUGAUUCUUCUUCUGUUGGUUGGACUGGACAUUGUCUAUUAUCAGAGAGUUGCUUCUUUGAUGAAUGACGAAGAAACUAUGUGUAUUAUUGAAAAAAUGAGUGACAACAGCAUUUGCAGAGGGGAGCUCGUUGUGAUUUAUCCAGAUUUGGGAAAUGCAGCCUGCACUGUCAUCCCAAGAUGCCGUCAGUUUCGAAGACUGCUGAGUAAAGAAUGGGGAGAACCACGUGUAAAAUUUGUUCAAGCUAACAAGGACAUGAAAUACAUACUGAUAAUGGUGGAUCCAGAUGCCCCGAGCAAGGAAAACCCCAAAUACCGUUUCUGGAGACAUUUGUUGGUGACCAACAUACUUGGUAAAGAUCUCCAAACUGGGUUUAUUCAAGGCACAGUACUCUCAGAGUACAGGCCACCCACCCCACCAUCUGGCACAGGGUACCACCGCUACCAAUUCUUCCUUUAUGAGCAGCCAGAUGAUAGAAUAAUCUCACUGAAUAAACAGGAAACAAAAUCCUUCGGUUCUUGGGACUUGGAUUCAUUUGUAUCCAGGUUCAACCUUGGAAGCUCAGUGGCAUCAACUCAAUUCAUGACCCAGAACUCGGAAGACUGAAGGAACGACUUGGCUGUGAAAGCUUUCAAGGAGAGACUUCGGCUUUGCAUAACGCCUUCCAUAGAAAAAAGUCUUUAACCGCUUUCGCUUGGGUAAUAUCAAGACAUGAGAAGCUGAUUUUGUUUGGCAUACACGGGUUCCACGAAAACAAGCAUUAUAAUAAAUAACCGCUUAUCAGUGUUCUGGUUGCAACUUAAAGUCCAAGAAUUAAAAAUAUGCCAUUGACAAUCAUGCAAACAGGAAAAUCUAUGGUAUCUAGAUGGCUUUGUUUUAACUCUUCUUAUUUGCAUCAAGAAAGCAAAAUAGAUUGAUUCAAAAAUCACAGAUAUAGAAAGCAAUCAGGAAUAAUGUGGCUGGGAAGGCUGAUUGUCUAAAUGUUAUCAGGGAACCCAGUAAUCUAAGUUUGGUUGUCUAAUGAGGUUUUCAGCCAACUUUGGUCCAAAGCUCAAUUCUGAGUGUUUAAUUUUACUCUGAUUGGUGUGCAUCGAGAAUGUUAUGAUGAUUUAUUGGAUUAUAAGGAAAUUGAAAUAUCAUGGGUGUGUUCAGGAAAAAUGAAUAGGUUCAGUAAAGAUGAGUAAUAAAAUCUGAUUUACCCAUUGUAUCUCCAGAAAUUAUUAGUUUGAGGAAUGACGAGCAGUUUCUUUCUUUUUCUGUUUGGCUUUGAUUAUGCAAUGUAUGUCAUACUUUGACCAUGCAACAAGGAUAUAUAUAGAACAUAGAACAGUACAGCACAGUACAGGCCCUUCAGCCCACGAUGUUGUGUCAAGCAUUUCCCUUGAUCUAAGACCAACCGAAUCUACACACCCCUCAAUGCAGUCCAUGCUCUUGUCCAACAGUCACUUAAACUCUACUACAACCACUGGCAGUGCAUUCUACGCACCCACCACUCUCUGCAUAAAGAACUUACCUCUGACAUAUCCUCUAUACCUUCU